AUGGAAUCGAUCAUUACUGCGCUUCUAUCUCCUCUUAAGAAUUUCGUUGCUUGGAUAUAUCACGUUCUUGCCUUCAUACACUUGAAACGCUUCAAAAAAUCUGGGAAACGGGAAGAUCUCGAGAAAUCGAUUAUGCACAAUCGCACUGCUCUCAGUUUUCGUCCUAGGGAAGGUCGUGGUCGUUCAGUAUCGUUGUUAAACCUUGCACUUUGCCUGUGGGAACGACACAAUCGAUGGGGCCAAUCGGAAGAUCUAGAAAAGGCGAUCGAAUUGGGACGAACUGCCCUCGGGCUUCGUCCCAGGGAUCACCAAAGUCGUCUUAAGUAUCUCUAUAACCUUUCAACCUCUCUAGAGACUCGAUUUAAGCAGCACGGAAGGACAGAGGAUCUUGACGAAGCCAUUGAGCUGCUUCGAGCUGCCCUCAAGCUCCGCCGCAAAGAUCAUCUGGAUCGCUCUGCGUCUCUCACGAACCUCGCAUGCUAUCUCCAAAUUCGAUACGACCAGUAUGGAAGGACCGAGGAUCUCGAGGAAGCCAUCGAGCUGUGCCGUUCCGCCCUCAACCUUCAACCUGAGGGCUAUCCGCAUCGUUCUAUAUCUCUCAAUAACCUUGCAAAGUCUCUAACGACCCGAUAUGAGCAGCAUGGAAGUUCUGAGGACCUUGAAGAAGCCAUCGAAUUGGGACGAGCUGCCCUGUUGCUUCGCUCCGAAGGUUAUCUGGAUCGUUCUGCCCCUCUUCUGAAUCUUGCGAGGUCUCUAUGGACUCGAUACGAACAGCAUGGAAGAACAGAGGAUCUUGAGGAAGCUAUUAAUCUAGAUCGAGAGGCCCUCAAGCUCUCCCCCUUAGGUCAUCCGGAUCGUCCUUUAUCUCUCAAUAACCUUGCGGGCAAUCUGACGAGUCGAUAUUAUCAACACGGAAGGACAGAGGACCUUGAGAACGCCAUCGAGAUGCAUCGAGCCGCCGUUGCGCUUCAACCCGAAGGUCAUCCAGAUCGCUCUGCCUUUCUCACUAAUUUUGCAAACUCUCUGACCACUCGAUAUCAGAAGCAUGGAAGGGCGGAGGAUCUUAAGGAGGCCGUAGAGAUACAUCGAGCUGCCCUUAAGCAUUGCGGGAAAGGGCAUCCGAAUCGUCCUAAGUAUCUCAUGAACCUUUCAUGCUCUCUCCAGGAUCGAUACCAUCAGCAUGGAGUCACGAAGUUUCUUGAGGAAGCUAUUGAGCUGUAUCGAGAAGCUCUCGAGCUUUGCCCCAAAGGUCAUACGUCUCGUUAUAUCUCCCUCAACAACCUCGCGGGUUCUCUGUGGACUCGGUACGAGCGACAUAGAAGGACAGAGGACCUUGAGGAGGCUCUUGCGCUUAAUCGAUCUGCCCUCGAACUCUGCCCCAAAGGGCAUCCGAGUCAUUCGUUAUCUCUCUAUUGGCUUGCAGUAUCUCUGACGGCUCGAUACAAGGAGCAUGGAAGGAUAGAGGACAUCGAGGGGGCUAUCAAAGUGCAUCGAGCUGCUCUCAAGCUUCGACCCGAAGGCCAUCCGGAUCGUUCCCGUUCACUAAGGAGCCUUGCAGAUAGCUUACAUGCUCGGGUUGAGAAACAUUGGCAUACGAAAGAGUUCGAAGAAUGUAUGCGGUCGCUAGAGUUUGCCGCCACAGAUAAAUUCUCAGGAUUGUCGGAACGCCUUGUUGCUGCGCGACAAUGGGUGAAGCUUGCACGAUUGCACGACCACAGCACUGUCUUUGCAGCUUACAAGGCAGUAAUAUCAAUACUUCAGAACGCUCUCACCAUAAAUCCAACCCUCCACGCACAGCAUGACUUCCUUCUAAAGAAUAGUGAUUACACGACGCUCUCCUUGGACGCUGCUUCCUACGCAGUAAAGAAGAAUCAAUUGGAACAAGCCGUAGAGAUUCUAGAGCAGGGAAGAGGAUUACUUUGGUCGCAGCUGCGCGGUCUCAGGUCUCCUCUGGAUCAACUCGCAAAAACAAACAAUGAGCUCGCCGAUAGAUUCAAGAAUGUCACUCAUCGACUGGAGAAACUGGCAACAUCGCAUGAACCGCCGACAUCUGCUUCAACCAUAGAACUUUCUAGUGAGCAAGAGGAAGUCAUUAGUGAGAUUCGACGAAUUCCAGGGUUCGAGAGCUUCCUUGAAGCUACGUCAUUUAAGGUACUACAGCAGGCAGCUGUGGAGGGUCCAGUCAUCAUGGUUAAUCACAGCAAAGUUCGCUCCGAUGCUCUCAUCAUUCUCUCUCGUGAUGACCCAUCGGUUAUAUGUGUCCCGUUGGAUAAUGAGUUCCACCUGGACAGCCUUGGGCUGUCGCAAGAACUUGUAGUGACGCGCGAAUGGCUCAACGCUGAUUCGUCCCAUUAUGAUCAAAAACUUCGUAAAGCAAUGAAGAUGUUAUGGGAUAGAGUCGUUUCGAAAGUCGUCGUUGGACUUGAAAAGGUUGGAAUCACUAAAGGCUCUCGCAUCUGGUGGUGUCCUACAUCUGAGUUGUCCGCACUUCCAUUCCAUGCAGCAGGGCCGUUCGAGGAUGCAAGUGGCACAAUGAAAUAUUUAUUGGAUGAUUAUAUCUCGUCGUAUACGCCGACUCUCGGAGCCCUCGUCAAUGCUCGCUCAGGUGGCUACAAAGACGAUCCAACGGUGCUCGCCAUCGGAGAUACCUCACUUCGGUCGACUAAGCAGGAGAUUUCCAACAUCCGCAACUGUGGGAUGAGCACCAAAUUACUCAUCGACAAGAAAGCGUCUCACGAUAGAGUGAUUAAAGCCCUCCGGGAAGCAACCUGGGUCCACUUCGCUUGCCAUGGACAUCUAGGCUCGACACCUUUCAAUUCUUCGUUCAAUCUAUCAGACCGUCAUCUGACAAUGCUCGAUAUCGUCCAAAACAGACUUCCGAAUGCAGAAUUCGCUUUUCUUUCUGCCUGCCACACUGCAGAGCAACAUCACGACAGUGCAUAUGACGAAACUCUUCACCUCGCAGCAGCUAUGCAAUUUUCUGGUUUCAGAAGUGUAAUUGGUUCAAUGUGGGAGUUGCUUGACAAGGAUGGGCCUGGAUUAACUAAAUCUGUUUAUGAGCACAUUAAUGACUGCGAAGUGGAUGAGGCAAAGUAUAAGAGGGCAGCUGGAGGCCUUCGCAAAGCAGCAUUGGAGUUGAAGGCACGAGAUGGGAUUCAAGCCGAGCGUUGGGUUAAUCUCGUGCAUAUAGGUGCUUGA